AUGACAUGUAGUCACUUCCUGUAAAACAAGGGUGGAACAAGCGGAAGUAGCGUCUUUUCGUGUUGGUAUUUUCCUCUUGCUGAGCAGUUGGACUGAUAUUCAUCAUUCAAUAUGCCGGCGUAUCAUUCAAACCUGAUGGUUUCCGACACCAGAAUGGUGGGGAAUAUGGCUUUGCUGCCUCUCAAAACCCAGUUCAAGGGACCAGCCAGAGGAGACGGCAUAGAUUCAGAUGUCAUUGAUGAGGCACUUUAUUACUUCAAGGCCAAUGUUUUCUUUAAGAAUUAUGAAAUCAAGAACGAGGCAGACAGGACGCUGAUCUAUGUCACACUCUACAUUUCCGAAUGCUUGAAGAGGCUACAGAAGUGCAGCUCCAAGAGCCAGGGAGAGAAAGAGAUGUACACUCUGGGCAUCACAAAUUUCCCUAUUCCCGGAGAGCCUGGCUUCCCUCUUAAUGCUAUGUAUGCAAAACCUGCAAACAAGCAGGAAGAAGAGACUAUGAGGGCGUACCUGCAGCAGAUUCGCCAGGAGACUGGUUUGAGGCUAUGUGAGCGUGUGUUUGACCCCCAGACAGACAAACCCAGCAAGUGGUGGGUGUGCUUUGUCAAGAAGCAGUUCAUGAACAAGAGUCUGUCAGCUCCUGGACAGUGAACAACUCAGGACCCUCGGUUUCUCUUCUACGCCUGUGAGCUGGAUGGAGGCUUCUUUGGGUGGGGAGGGAAGGAACUGCAUUUGUGUUGCUGAAAGAUGAUUUUAUACUUUGAGUUUAAGGAUAUGUCUUUGGUUGUCUGGGUGUUGAUCAUAUUGAGCUGGUGCUUCAUUCAAUAAAGGAGUCAGAGCAAAA